CUUUCCUUCUCACGAAGGCACCCAUAUAUCUAUGGAAGGCACCGAAGAUGACAGGUGUACGUAAAUAACGGAAGCCUUGUGCACCUUCUCCUGCUCCUGGGGCCCUAACGAGCCCCUACUUGGAGGGAUCCCAAGGAGCUUGUUGCAGAUUUACCAGGAUGCUGCCACCUUGCGGCUGACUUACCUGAAAGCCCAGCUACCACUGACCGUCGGCAGCCAUGCUGCAACAUUGACAGACAUCUCCAACACACCUGCUCCCUACAUACCCACAACACCCGCCUCCCCAACUGCUGCAGCCAUCAAUCUCCUUAACCUUCUUAAGUUUGCAAACACCAUGUCCCAUCCCCUGUAUAACCCCUAUGCCCCUGGGAACCAAAGUUCCAACCACGGGCAGUAUGGACUCUCCAGCAUACCGGCAGAAAGGGACCCUCGGAUGGGAUCUUCUCACCUUGAACCUGGGUCCAGCUUCAACUCUCCUGGAGCUUCUUCUGGGACUCAUGCCAACUCUGGGGGAAUGCUCCCGUCAAUGAACUACAGGCCUGAGCAGAGUAGGGCCAUAAUAGACGAGAACAUAGAGAGGUCUGUAGACAUGCAUAUUAGCAGAGCCAGAGAGGAAGUAAGACUUCUUGGCAAACCAAUGCAUCAGCCCAUAGACCAGGGCACUUGUUUUACCAGCACUCAAAGGAAUGAGUUUCUCUCCUCAGGCACAGGGAUGGUCUCCUACCAAAUGUCCUCAACCUCUGCCUCUUUAGGACAUAGACAACCUGGUGUUGAAAGUUGCAGUAACUCCUUGGACUGGUCAUUGAACUACAACAGGUCCACUGCUGAUAACCCCUCAAAAUUGUAUUCAUCAUCUGCUUCAUCUAACUAUGUAAGUGGUGGUGACAGUAUGUUUAAUGCCUCCAGUAAAAGAGAACAUGAUAAGCAGUCUAUUCCAGACAAACCUGCGGCCACUACAGAGUCCAGUCAACCCAAGUACUCUUCUGAAUCCGCUUCUAACAUUCUUCAACACUUUGGACUUGAAAAAGAGGACUUGGAACAUCUCAUCUGCUAUCCUGAAGACCAGAUCACCCCUGCUAACCUGCCGUUAAUCUUGCGGCAAAUCCGCAUCAAGAAGACCAAGAGAGCUUCAACUGCAGUUCAGUCAAAACCCCAACCCCAACCCACCAGAAGUGUGAGAGCAAUGGACAGUCACAGUUUGAGCAGGUCUGGAGAGGCAGGGACGCACCAGGAGGAAAUGUCAUCAGCUGUUUUCCAGCAGAGUAAAGUGAUUGACUAUGAACAUACUGGCGAACAUACAGGCAAUAAUACUGGAGCGGUUGGGGAUGAGAUUGGAAGGACCUGUAGCAGUAAAGCUAACAGUGUUGGAACUGGAAAUGUGUUGCAGGUAGACACUUACGAUAGUAGCCAACACAUUAGAGAACCACUGCAAACAAAUACAACAGAGGUGAAAAGCAGUGCCUUGGGUUCUUUGAGUGACCACGCAAGUUCUGUUUCCAACCUCAGCUCUUGGCAUAGUUCAAUUAUGAGCUCUGUGGUUUACCCAAGCAAUGAUCAGACCGAACAACUGCUGACCCAACCAAAACAGACUUCCCAAACAGUCCUCAGCUCUUUCUCUCUGCCAAAGAAAGACACCGACAUCCGAGCUCUCAAGUCUGAAGCCCCGAAACCCUUUCCUUUGAAAGAAGCAGAGGCAGUUCAGCAGUCAAUAAAAACCCAACCACCCCCCACUCUGUACCCUCGUGUGCAUGCCAGCCGACAGGGCCUUGUGAUCUUUGACAGUAAUGACGCCAGUGGCGCAGUUCAGCAGUCUAUGAAAACCCAACCACCCCCCACUCUGUACCAUGGUGUGCAUCCCAGCCGACAGGGCCUUGUGAUCUUUGACAGUAAUGACACCAGUGGCACUAAGGAUCAGAGUAAAACUCAAGGACAAGGGUCUACAGUUGCUGAGCAGAUGAAAAAGCAGCAAACACAGAAGCAUACAAUACAGCAGACAGAGCAAGCGAUGUGGCCUUCAAGUUUUUCUGCUGCAACAUCAGUUCCCCCUGCUUCUCAAAUCCCCAGCAUCACCAAUGCCAUGCAACGUCCGCUGUUUAACCCUGGUGGUCCUCACCCCAAUGCUAUUCCUCCAGCUCUGCCUUUGCCAAUCCCGGGCGUGGUGAACCUUUCUCAUCUGACGCUGCCACCUUCCAACAGUCAGCCUACGGCAAAGACGGCAGUCUCCAAGGGUCUGCCAACGUCAGCCAUGAUGCACGACUAUGCGGCGGCCACGCCGAGAAUCUUUCCACAUACCUGUACUCUGUGUAACAAAGAAUGUACUCGUAUGAAGGAUUGGAUCUCCCAUCAGAAAACUAGCCUUCACAUUGAGAGCUGCAGACUUCUCCAAAAACAAUACCCAGAGUGGGAUGGUGCGAUUGAAACCAGGCCCAGUGCUGCAGGUAAAGAUGCCAAGCUCUCGCCCUCAACCUGUAUUUUGACUUCCCAGCAUCAUCACCAGAAAGUCAGGCAAAGAAACCCCUCCCGUUCUCACUCGUCUAGCCCCCGUCGCCGUCAUGGCUCAGGGAGAAAAGAGAAAAGCAGUAGCAGAUCGAGUUCACCGCAAAGCUCCAGAUAUACUCGCAGGUCCCGGUCUAAUUCUUGUUCCCCAUGGUAUGAACGCCCUAUCUCAUCCCGCUAUCGGUCAUGCUCAAGGAGCCCCCAGAGACAAUCGUCACCGAGGAGGAGAGACGAGAAACGGUCCUCACCACGGAGGAGAGACAAUAGAUUAUUAUCUCCAAGGAGGAGCCGUGAGAGACGAUCAUCUCCGAGAAGUAGCCGGAAGAGACGAUCAUAUUCAAGGAGUAGCCAUGAGAGACAAUCAUCUCCAAGGAGAGGAUCAUCUCCAAGGAGAAGCCGUGAGAGACGAUCAUCUCCAAGGAGGAGUCACGAGGGACGUUGGCCACCAACAAGUAGCGAUCAGAGACAAUCCCCUCAACAAAAUGACUCGAUCAGUGCAGAGAACCUGGCAGAGAAACUACUGGAAUCAACAGUUUUGCAGUCUCUGUCAAAUCAGUGUGACCUGGAGGCCGUGGUUAAAACUCUGGCUCCUGCCUUACUAGCCGAGCUAGCCAAGAAGGAGCCUUCCUCAUCUUCUACUGCGUCUUCCUCAUCCAUCUCCUCUACAGCAAAGAAAAAAGAGUUACCUAAAAAGCUCUCUAAAAUAAAUCUCAGCCUGCAGAAGGGAGAGUCUGGUAAAUCUUCAACCACAACCAUGGUGCAACCACAACAGGUUUUUAGUUCUGUUUCACUUUUGGAGCACAAAUCAAAGUCAGUUUUUCUGUCUGAUUCCAAACUGGAGUCUCAAGAAAAUAAACCAACAUCAUCCUGUGAAAGAACAAAAACAAUCCUCAUCAACAACAUUUCAUUGAGUGAGUCCAAUCAGCUCAGAGAAGUUUUGAAAAAAAAUAAAUCUGUCAAGAACAUCUCAUCUCCUAAAGUGCCUGGUCUCAACAAGGUAUUUAUAGAAUUUGAGUCCGCUCGCGAUGCUGAUCAGCUCGGAGUUUGGUUGAGUCUCCUCAAACAACCCCCUGGCUACGAAGUCCACAGGCUGGGAGUACCAUACACCAGCUGUACAUCACUACGUCUGCCUUUGCCAAUCCCGGGCCUGGUGAACCUUACUCAUCUGACACCACCACCUUCCAACAGGCAAAAGAGGGCAGUCUCCAAGGGUCUGCCAACGGCAGCCUCGAUGCAUGACUAUGCGGCGGCCACACCGAGAAUCUUUCCUCAUACCUGUAGUCUGUGUAACAAAGAACUUACUUGUAUGAAGGAUUGGAUCUCCCAUCAGAAAACUAGCCUUCACCUUGAGAGCUGCAAACUUCUCCAAAAACAGAUUAAAGUUCAGCAUGUUGAGUUUUCAAAGAGUCCUAAAACAGUCCUAAAACAGCCUCUACAAGAUUCCAGUGAGAUCACACUAAACUUUGAACCAGACACCCUCGACCUGUCACAACCUGCUCUGCAAACCAGUGAACCUGUUGGAUCCACCAUUUUUGAGCCCACCACAGCAGGACCAAGUGCUAUGGCCGCAAAUGGCGUAGCAAUGAAGGACGGUCUUGUUACUGCAGUGAAUGCAGCGUCAAUCAGUGAUGCCUCCAAAUGCAAUGCACGUACCCGUCCCGCUAAAUGGGGGAGGGUAAAAACCUGCCUGCGUCCAUUCAGAAUAAAGUGCCUCAAGCUGAAAAGCUGUUUAUUUGGAAAACCAGAAUAUAAGCUACAUGGUCGUAAGCAGUUGCUCAUAACCAACCUGCCGGAGUAUUACAACGGCUGCUACACAGAAAAGGAUCUUGCUGAUUUUCUCAUACCCUUUGGGUUUCAGUAUACAGAUGACAACCUCCAUAUUGUUCCUCUGUCUUGCAUGGCCUUUGUCGUGAUGCCAAAAGCCCAGGAUGUUUACACCUUGCUCAAAGCCUCCCAAUUGUAUAACAUUACUUUCAAAGGGUCCAAACUUUGUUUCCGUGUAAUGGUCAACAACAUUACAAUGACACCGCUUUGGUUUUAUAAAUCGCUGAUGAAGCUGAUGCGUCAUAAAGUAUGUGACGAUGGAUCGAAAACAAUCUUCAUCAAGAACAUUUCAUGGUGUGAGUCCAACCAGCUCAGAGAAGAUUUGGAAAAAAUAAAUUCUGUUAAGCACUUCCUGCCUCUCCUCAACAAGGUGUUUGUAGAAUUUAUAUCCAUUUGCGAUGCUGAUCGGCUCGGAGUUUGGCUCAGUCUUCUGAAACGAGCCCCUUGCUACGAAAUCCACAGGCUGAAAAUACCGUGCAACGGCGAUGCAUUAUGUUCACCAAAACUUCGCUGGAACGUUCUGCCAGACAGUCAGGAUGCUGUUGCUGGGGCAACUGUGCUGCCAAUAAAAUUUGGCAUUCCACAGCGCAGCAUUGGACCUUUUUGGGUCACAAUGAGAACUAGUCCCUUCUUGUUCCCUACCAUCUCUCCUUGGUUCAUCAUCCCAGAUUACCUGACAGUCAGAAGAGAGGAAGACAUUGAGAAGGCCAGUAUUCGUGGUUCCAUGAUCCCGACAAUCAUGUUGACCGGUUUGCCAGAAAAAAACUACAAGUACGAGGAUGUGGCCGAACUGGUCUGGUGGCAUUUUCCCAAACGGAACCUUCACUCCCUGUACUACAACAUUACAGUCUUAACACUGCAGAGGAGGGGCUUUGUGUUUUUUCCCUGUUGGACAACGUGCUGCGCUUUUGUCAGAGAAUACAUCGCAUAUCCAUUUUCUAUCAAUGGCUGCACGCUUGGUGUUCACUUUGUCUUGGAACACAUGUAUCCCGAAUCUAGUGAGGAGAGGAUGUACACAACUCUGAUGAAGUGGAGCAACGCUGGAGUUCCAGAGCCAACGUCUCUGGAGGAGCGGUUGCUGUGUGUGGAGGUUUCUGAGGCAUCUGCGGAUGUCGUCAGGAUGGUCAUAGAAGAGGUGGCGUCCAUCGCGACCUUUGUUGGCUUCCUGCCACUCGCCAACAGGAUAUGCAUUGAGAUGGCCGACUCCAGCGGUGUAACCAAGGUGGUGGAGAAAUACAACAAUUGCUCACCAGACUCUUUGAAUAGAGCAGCUUGGACUAAAGUUCUGUAUGUUGAGUCUUUGAAGAGCCUAAAACAGCGUCUACAAGAUUCCAGUGAGAUCACAUUAAACUUUGAACCGGAGACCAUCAACGUCAAAGCCGAGCCCACAGCUGUGAAAUGUCAAAGCUCAGGUGUGUCUUCUGUUGGCAAACGGACAUCAACGAGGUAUUCAAAAUACUCCAAGAGCUCAGCCUCUCCUUCACUCUCCUCACCAAAAUCAGCUAAAGGCUCAAGCUACGUGUCACCAAAAAAAUCCAAGGACUCAUCUGAGCCCACCAAUUCCUCUACCAAACCAUCGGCUGCCUCCCCUUCUUCCCCUGGUCAGAAAACACAACAUAGCAAGACAAAAUCUCCAGCCAAAGCAUCAAAUACUGCAUCCUCUGGGUGUAGAACCCGCUCAUCCUCCGCUGCACAAGAAAUGGAUAAGAUGACAUCAGUGGCUACAGUCAAGGCUUCAGUGGAGACUCAUUCUGAGCCUCUGAUAGAAGAAGCAAAAGACACAGAAAGCACAGUGGCAAUGUCUGACCACACAGUGUCAGCAGAGAGCUUUGCUAAAAAAACUGUUGAGUCAGAGACAAAAAUAGAAACCUCAUCAGAGAUACAUCCACCUCUACAGGGACAUGGAUUAGAGUUGAGCCAAUCCCAGAGUCUGGAGGUUGAUGUUCAUGUCAACACAUGCAAAGGCCGCAAGAAAACCAAAGAGGAUGGGAAACAUACAGAGGUGGAGGUGGACGACAGGGAAAAAUAUCAAAUCCUUGGUUCACUUGAUGAACAAACAGAUGAACAGAUGAAUGACCAAGGCGGCAGCUCUGAAGUCCAGCCAACUGUACCCGAGGGAGGCCAGACUUUGCACGAGGAAAGCUUUCAGGUCUUGGACAGUGUCGACGAUAAAGGCAAAGCCUUCCCACGGGAGUACAGUGAAAUGGAAAUAGACAGUUCUUUCCAAAUGGUGGACAGUGCUACCCAAGACCAAGCAGAUACAGGUCAAGAGGAGAGUCACCAGGUCCAAGAUGAUGGUUCCACAGUAAAGCAAGAGUCUGAGGAAGCAGCAAUUCCUGCCGGCGACAAAUCUGACAACGGAGAAGGGAAGACGGGAGAAGAGGACGACGAAGUCAAAGGCAAAAUGCGUUCAGCAGAGUCCUGCAAAGCCUCAUCAAAGAAACAUCUCAGUACAGUUAAAAGAUAUGAGACACGGGCUAACAUGGACACCACUGCUGGAGUUUCUAAAAAAGACAAAGAGGUCAACGAGGAGAUGGUGUAUGAGAUAAUAGAUUCUGUUAAAGAAGAACCGGUUCAAGAUGUUGCCACCACUGAAAUGUCUGGUAGAAGGAGUGCAAGCGGUAAGAAAGAGGAUAAAAUUACAUUAAAUCUCACAGAAGCAACUGAAAAACCAGAGGAGGCUAAAACUGUGGAGGAUGAAACUGCCAAUAAAGAACCACUCAUAACGACAAGAUCUACCAGAGGAAGAAGGGAAAGAGCCACUAAGAAAGAUACUUCAGAUGAAAAAACAAUAAAAGAGGACAUGCCAAGAAAAAUGAGGCCCACUCCUGCCAGAGAAUCACAGGAACAAAACAAGGAAAGAACACCAAAGAAAGAGGAGAAAGCCCCUCUAAAAGAGAGCACACCAUCAAAGAAGAGUGACGAUGAUGUAAAAGAGGAAAUUGACUGGGAUGCUACCUAUGCAGUAUUCGACUCUUUGGAAGACGAGCUUGUUAAGGCUGAUCGGCCCGCUACAAGAAGAAAAGGAAAAAGGGGAAGACCGAAGAAAGACAUUAAAACAACUACAAAAGACACCGACAUAUUAAAUGAGGGUGAAACAGAGGCAUCUGAAAAAGUGGCUGAUGAAGAAGAAGCGACAUGUCAGAUUCUUCAUUCUGUGGAGGACAAGAUGGUUAACGAUCAGCCCCCCACAGUCACACAGUCAGACGAGAACAUUUCUAACAACAGCGACGAGCAAAAAACUGAAAGUGCAUCUCUCGCAGGAUUGCCCAAAAAAGAUGUAACAUCUAUAAAAAAAGAGGCAACACCUGAAAAAAAAGACACAGCAACAUGUGGUAGCACAGUUAUGGAGGUAGAAGCCAAGGAGCUGGUGACUCUGGAUGAGGUGGGAGCAGAUGAGGCCGGAGAGGAAAGAGUGCCAGAGAGCCGAGAGUUGGAUGGGGAGAUGACGGAGGGGGAGCUGCAAACACUUGUUACUCUGGAUGAGUUCGUAGAAGAAGAAGAAGAAGAAGAAGAAGAAGAGGACGACAGAGAGGCCAAGCAAAGCACACUGGAGACCCGCCCACCCAGCCAGGAGGACGAAUCGGAGGACUGCUUAAACUCAGAGACUUUGGUGACUUUAGAUGAAGCGGAUGAUGAUGAGGAAGAGAAGCCAGACGAAGAGCAUACUAAGAAAACCUCAUGUACCGUCAAACACAAUGAUGAUACAGACGAGGUGGGAGCGGUGGAGGAGGAGGAGGAAAAGGAAGCUGUAAAAACCAGGACAAGAGGACGUGGCAAGAAGAGAGCCAGACAGACCCCUGUGAGAAAAUCUACCAGAGGGAAAACCGUGACUGCAACAGAGGAGAGAGAAGAAGAGUUGGAACCAGCUAGCACCGAGGUUCUGCCUCCAACUCCACUCGAUGCCUCCUCUUCACUGGACACAGAUCCGUCUACGUUGUCAAGUGACGGCCAGCCGGAGAUCCAGAGGGCCGAGGUGGAAGCAGCGAGCCCAGCUGACAUCGAGGCGGCCUCUGCUGGGCAGGAGCUGCAGCCGGAGCACCCUGGGGACCAGACGCUGGAGGGAUGUGUGGAGGAAGGAGAGCAGGAAAAGAAGGCAGGACGGAGCAGGGCAGACAUCAAAGUUGUGAGUAAACUGAGGAGGGAGCCUGUUGGACCUGAAUCAAAGCGAUCUCGUUCUCAGUCUCCUUGUGUCGCUAUCAACGUCAAACUGCCGCCAUUCAAACCCAAAAACCCCCUCGGUCAGGAGUUUGUGGUCCCCAAAUCAGGCUAUUUCUGUAAUCUCUGCUCUCUUUUCUACCUGAACGAGAGCACCGCCAAGGACCUCCACUGCAGCAGCCAGAGACACUACGACAACCUGCAGAAACAUUACCAGAAACCAUCAAGAAGUUCCAAACAAAGUUCUCAAGGCUCCGUUUCUGAUUGAUCAAGACACCAACUAAUUACUUUUUUUGGGCCAGUGAAACGCCAGCAGCUUUACACAUCAAUGUGUAUAAUAAGCCAUGUUGGUCAUAACUAAUUGCUGUCUGCCAUCUUUUUUCAUAUAAAUGUGUAAAUUAUACCAUAGCUGCCUUCUGUGAGUUAAACGGUUCCAUUGCUUCCAUCAGUUGUAUUCUGAAAAAAAACUAAACAUGAGGACAGUUUCUUUAUAUAGUCUGUUUACGUAUUUGGAUGAUUGGAACUUUAAAGCUGCUACAUAACCUCUUUUUUUUGGAAAUGACUUAACAUUUGCACUAAAUUUGUGUUUACAACCACUUUAGCUUUAUAGUGCAGAGUCCGGCCACUGUUAGAUCAAAUGUCUCAACUUGAAUGGGUAAAGAAUGAAGAAUUGAAUUAAGAAUAAAGAACGGUGGUCCUUAACUUGCAGACAAACAUUAGCAAGGUUAAAGAUGAGAUUUAUUAUUUUGUUUCUUGAUGAUAAUGUGAAGACAAUUUUUUGGAGAGAUCGUUUCUUGUGUUUAUUCUAUGCAAUGUUUGCUUUUUGUUAUGUCCUUUUAAAAAUAUAUCUGAAAUGAC